AUGGAAGAUGGUCGCAUCCGGGAUGAACGCAUCACAGCUUCGUCUUUUUGGACCCCUAGCGACGACCCAAGCAGUGAUAGCCACGCCCCACACAGGGCCAGGCUUAAUAUUCAAGGAUACUCUGAAGGGUGGCGUUACGCUAAUCCGUGGAUACAGGUUGACUUCGUUGGCACAGUCACCAUCACUGGUCUGAUCACCCAGGGGCGCGGAGAUUCCAGCUUAUGGGUGACGGAGUACCAAGUGACGUACAGCGAUGACGGUCAGUCCUGGAAUAACGUGACUGAUGCAUACGGCACACCAAUAAAGUUCCCUGGUAACAAGGACAAGAACACCCUGGUAACUACUCGCCUGCCGUUUGCCUUGCGCACCAGAAUCCUGCGCAUUCACCCCACCAAAUGGCAUUGGGGUUGCAGCAUGAGGUUUGAAGUGAUUGGCUGCUAUUAA